UGCGAGCGGUCGUUCUCUAUUCGAUAUUUCGAAUCGAUUUCCAGCGUCAUGAACACAAGACUUAUGUCUUGUAACUUCGGGAUCUGCAGUUGUUGACAGUUGACGCGCACCUGUUAAGAAGGAUGGAUGUGCUCGAGUUGACAUUGUGCGUUCUACUGGCCGUUGUCGCGUCAUCGUGCGCGGACGAGCAGACCAUAUCGGAAAUACCUUUUACAAGGGAAAAAUACUAUCAUGAGCCCAACCGACUGACGGACGAGCAAAUCGCCAAACUGACCGAUCUCACGAACAUCACUCAUCUCAACGAAGUCCUGGACAACAUAUGCGUGGUCAGAAUUGUGGGAACUCCCGAACACGCAAAUGUAAAAAAGUAUAUCAAAAGAUCAAUGAGAGAUCUAGGAUGGACAGUAGAGUCAGAUGUAUUUCAGGCUCAAACGCCUAUAUUUGGCGUACUGAAGUUUGAAAACAUAAUAGCAAAGUUGAAUCCUAAUGCGAAAAGGUACUUAACAUUGGCCUGCCAUUAUGAUUCGCUGUAUACAAGAGAGAGAAACUUUAUCGGAGCCACAGACAGCGCUGUGCCGUGCAGCCAGCUAAUUAACUUAGCUAGCGUUAUGAAAAGAUACUUAUCUAAACAGCAAGAUGUCAGCUUGAUGUUCAUCUUCUUUGACGGGGAAGAAGCAUUUGAGAGAUGGGGACCAAAUGAUUCUAUUUAUGGUGCAAAACAUUUAGCUAAAAAAUGGUAUAAUACAAAGAGUGUUUAUAAAAAUACUAAUAUUUCUGAACUGGAUAAAAUGGACAUGUUGAUGCUUCUUGAUUUACUGGGCGCACCUGACCCGAUCUUUUAUAGUUAUUUCAGAGAUACGGAAAAAUGGUACAAUUUAUUAGUACGCAUUGAAGAGAAAUUAGCGGAUAUGAGAAAGUUGCAGUCCUAUUCGUAUGGCAAACCGGAACAGAGGUAUUUUCGGUCAUAUUCGACUCAUUCGUACAUUGAAGACGAUCACAUUCCCUUUUUAAGAAAAAAUGUGCCUAUUUUACAUAUCAUUCCGAGUCCGUUUCCAUCUUUUUGGCACCAAUCAGGCGACAAUCGGUCCAACAUCGAUCUAGAGACCACGGAAAAUAUUAGUAAGAUACUGAGGAUAUUUGUGGCUGCUUACUUACAUUUAUCGAUUGUCUAAUUCUAAUGCAAAUUCAAGGAGUCUUUCGUGAACAAACGAUCAAAAGAAAAACGCUAAAUAACAAAAAAAUACUAAAAAUUAUCUGAAGUAGCAGUGAGAGAGCAAAGUAUAUUAUAAACAAUUUCAAAUAACGCAAAAGUUGGAAAUGAUAUGUUUUUGAUAUUUUUUUGUUAUUUAGACUGAUGACUCAUUUCGCUGUGCGUAGUUUUCUUAGUGAAAAACGUGAUAACUUUUUGUACAGGUGUAUUAUAUAUAUACAUACUUAUAUUAUACGUAUACAUACAUACAUGUAUAUGUAUAUAUAAAUUGAAUUAUUUAUAUAAAACUAAUUUAUACAAUAUUUUAAAUUAAAAAAAUUAUAUAUUGUAUAUUGCGGAAAUAUCAUAAAAGACAGAAUGGUGCUAUAUUUGUAAAAGUUAUUGUCGAUUUUGAAUAUUAUAAUUGUAUAUAAAUACUCAACAUAUGCUGCA